AAAAACAACUCCAUUCAUAAGUUUCUCAUCUUUCUUGUGUUUCUCUUCUUGAUUUAUGUACAUCGCCGUCGAAGUAACUCCGGUCAUGGAAGAGAUCACACGGAGGAGCAAGAAAACUUUGGUUGAGAAUGAAACAGGGGAUGAAACAGCGGGGCAAGUGGUGAUAAAAGCAAAACGCAAACGCCGAUCGCAACCACGAGAAGCUCCUCCACAACGCAGCUCCGUCCAUAGAGGAGUCACCAGGCAUAGAUGGACAGGAAGGUACGAAGCACAUUUGUGGGACAAGAAUAGUUGGAACGAUACUCAGACCAAGAAAGGACGACAAGUAUAUUUAGGGGCAUAUGACGAGGAAGAUGCAGCAGCACGUGCCUACGACUUAGCAGCAUUGAAAUAUUGGGGACGAGACACCAUCUUGAAUUUCCCUUUGUGUAAUUAUGAAGAAGACAUGAAAGAAAUGGAAAGCCAGUCAAAGGAAGAGUAUAUUGGAUCUUUGAGAAGGAAAAGCAGUGGGUUUUCACGUGGUGUGUCAAAAUACAGAGGCGUUGCAAAGCAUCACCAUAAUGGAAGAUGGGAAGCUCGAAUCGGAAGAGUCUUUGGCAAUAAGUAUUUAUACCUUGGCACCUACGCUACACAAGAGGAAGCGGCCAUAGCGUAUGAUAUAGCAGCAAUCGAGUAUCGUGGACUUAACGCCGUUACUAACUUCGAUAUCAGCCGUUAUCUAAAACUCCCGGCGCCGGAGAACCUUACUGACUCCGCCAAGCAUCCCCUCGAGAUCCCGCGGUCUGAUCUCAGCCCAAAUCACGAGUCGGAGUUAUCACAGAGCCAAUCAUCGUCAGACGACAACGAUGAUCGGAAAACAAAGCUCUUAAAGUCUUCACCUUUGAAUGCAGAAGAGUUGGUCGGACCAUCGACGCCUCCGGAGAUUGCUCCUCCUCGCCGAAGCUUCCCGGAAGAUAUACAGACGUAUUUUGGGUGUCAAAACUCCGGCAAGUUAACGACGGAGGAAGAUGAUGUGAUCUUCGGUGAUUUAGAUUCGUUCCUUACGCCUGAUUUCUACAGUGAGUUACAUGAUUGCUAAAAGUAUUACUUCUGAUAAGAUAAAGAAGAAGGAUUUGAUAAGUUUUGUUUUUAGUUAUUUUUUUCUUUUGGAAUCUCGGUUGUGAAAAUCAACAUUGACACAUCGAUUAUUCUUUCUUGUGACAGUCUUAUAUAAUAAAGUAUGAAUCUUUUUAACU